AUUUAGGGCUUCAUAUAUUACAACCAUUGCGCCCGCCGGCCGUGUCUUCUUCAUUAUCUUCUCUCCUUCCUCACAUACACUCUCAUUUCUACUUACAGAAAUCUUCAAAGAUGAAUGUGGAGAAGCUUAUGAAGAUGGCUGGUGCAGUUCGCACUGGUGGGAAAGGAAGCAUGAGAAGGAAGAAGAAGGCUGUUCAUAAAACAACCACUACAGAUGACAAAAGACUUCAAAGUACUUUGAAGAGAAUAGGGGUGAAUGCUAUUCCUGCAAUUGAGGAAGUUAAUAUAUUUAAGGAUGAUGAAGUUAUUCAGUUUAUCAACCCUAAAGUUCAAGCUUCUAUUGCUGCCAAUACAUGGGUUGUUAGCGGUUCUUCUCAAACAAAGAAAUUGCAAGAUAUUCUUCCUGGAAUCAUUAACCAGUUGGGUCCUGAUAACCUAGACAAUUUGAGGAAAUUGGCAGAGCAAUUCCAGAGACAAGCACCGGGUGCUGCUGCAGCUGCUGGUGAGACUAAGGCUCAGGAAGAGGAUGAUGACGAUGUGCCAGAACUUGUUGCUGGAGAGACAUUCGAGGCAGUUGCUGCUGCUGAGGAAGGUCAAACCAAGGAAUGAUUUGCAUUGUUGGGUUUUUUGUAAUGUUAUUUUCUUUUUAAGCAUAUGGUUUGAAAUGUUCUUGUGAGUUGUGACAACCUUAGUUUUGGGGAUUCCUUCAGUCUUAAUCAUCACUCUUUCAUAUAGAUGAAGUUUCCCAUGAUUUUGUCUA